UCUGUCCCCCAUUGCCAACCUCAAAAAAAACCAUUCCAGCUUCCAUCUCUGCUGAAACUCAGGCAAAAACCACCCCCAUAUCCAUGCUCCCAAGUCUCUCAUGGCCAUUCCGCUCCGACCCAAGUUCGGUCAUCUCCUUCGCAUCGCUUCGCCAUCUCCGCCGAAUCCUAGAUGGGUCUCUUCUGCUACAAACCAUCAUCUGCAAGACCAUGUCCUCACGUUCUUCAACGCCGGAGACACCCCCGAACAUGGCUACGACCGCGAGCUCGCCCUCGUGUCGGCCCUCAAGUCCUGCGCCUCCCUUUCGGCUGCUUCCCAGGGUCGCCAGCUCCACUCCCUCGUCCUCAAAUCAGGGCUUCUCGCCAACUCCUUCGUGCGCAACAGCUUGACCAAUGUGUACGCGAAGUGCGGCUUGAUGGACGAGGCUGGGAUCUUGUUUGGUUCCUGCGGCGACUCUGGUGUUGUUUGCUGUAACAUAAUGAUUGCUGGGUACGUGAGAUCUGGCCGUCUGUGGGACGCUUUCCGAGUGUUUGAGAAAAUGACGGUGAGAGAGUGUGUUUCGUAUACGACUAUGAUAAUGGGGUUCGCGCGAAACAAGCUUUGGGCGGAGGCGAUCGAGGUCUUCAAGGAUAUGCGGGUCGCUAACGUCGUCCCUAAUGAGGUGACUUUGGCGAGCAUCAUCCCGGCUUGCUCGCAUUCCGGGGAACUGUGGAACUGUAGAAUGCUUCAUGCUUUGGCGAUUAAAUUGCUACUUGAUGGUAGUGUUGUUGUAUCGACGAUUUUGCACAUGUAUUGUGUUUGUUCGAGCAUAGAGGAAGCGAGCAGGUUGUUCGAGGAGAUGCCUGAAAAGAAUGUAGUUUCGUGGAAUGUGAUGUUGAACGGAUAUUCAAAGGCAGGACUUGUUGAUUUGGCUGGACAAUUGUUUGAGAAGACCAGUAGAGAUGUGGUUUCGUGGGGUACAUUGAUUGAUUGUUAUUUGGGGUAGAGGUUAAGUGAAGCAUUGAUCAUGUGCCGUGAAAUGCUUUGGUGUGGACUGAGGCCGAAUGAUGUGAUGCUUGUUGAUUUGGUUUCAGCUUGUGCUAGAUCGGGGCUCGCCGUGGAGGGGCAGCAACUUCAUAGUUUGAUAGUGAGAUGUGGUUUUGACUGCUGUGACUUUGUCCAGGCAACAUUGAUCCAUCUCUAUGCAGCUUGUGGCAGGAUUGACCUUGCUUGUCUGCAAUUCGAGACUGGAUCGAAGGACCACGUCGCAUCUCUGAAUGCCCUCAUUGCAGGAUUUGUGAGAAAUGGAAUGAUUGACCAGGCUAGGCAGAUGUUCAACCAGAUGUCAGAAAGGGAUGUCUUCUCAUGGACCACCAUGAUUUCUGGUUAUGCACAGCGGGAGCAGCCAAAUGUGGCUCUUGAACUUUUUCACAAGAUGGUCGCAAGUGGGCUCUGCCCUAAUGAAGUAACAAUGGCGAGCGUCUUCUCCGCUAUUGCUGCUUUGGGUUCUCUGGAAGAAGGAUCAUGGGCUCAUGAAUACGUACAAAAGAACUCCAUCCCUCUCAAUGACAAUUUGAGUGCAUCAAUAAUUGACAUGUAUGCAAAGUGUGGUAGCAUCAGUUCUGCCCUGGAAGUGUUUCAUCAAGUUCGAGACAAGGCUCGGGACGUGUCACCAUGGAAUGCAAUUAUAUGUGGGUUGGCGCUGCAUGGACAUGCAAAUCUGUCUCUUGCAAUAUUCUCCAACUUGCAGAAACUGAACAUCAGGCUUAAUUCAAUUACAUUUAUUGGAGCCUUAACUGCAUGUUGCCACGUGGGCCUAGUUGAGGAAGGGAAACAAAUCUUUAGAAGCAUGAAGGUUUUGUAUGAUGUGGAUCCAGAUGUUAAGCACUAUGGUUGUAUGGUGGACAUAUUAGGUAGAGCUGGGAGAAUACAGGAAGCUGAAGAAUUGAUUAGGACCAUGCCCUUGGAAGCAGAUGCUGCAGUAUGGGGUGCGCUUUUGUCGGCGUGCAGAACACAUGGGAAUGUGGACAUAGGAGAGUGGGCUGCACAGAACUUGGAAAAUUUGCAACCAACUCACGGGCCUUGUAGGGUUCUUCUAUCAAACAUGUAUGCAGACGCAGGGAGGUGGCAUGAUGCCUUUUCUGCAAGAAGAGUUAUUUACAGUCAAGGACUGAAGAGAUUGCCUGGUUGUAGUGGUGUUGGGUGAUCCGGCGGCUGCUUCUACCUGUUGAGAUACAGUCAUGGGUUUUUCUCUUGCUCCCCCAUGAGUAGGUAACAGUUGUUACUGACUAGGUCCAGUAAACUGAUGCCAUAAGGCCAUCAACUCACGCAGGACCCACAAUUUUCGUUGCCUUGGUAUCGAUUUUAGAUAUGGCUUCAGGCAAGUGUUUAAUGUAAAAGUAGGUCUCGAGAUGGGAGAGCCAUCACAUGUUGACAGCUGAAUUGGAAACAUUCGCUCAAGAUUUCAAUGGUCACAGUCCCGCUAUGCUUACAUUUCAAUGAUCAGUGCAGUAAACAACAGCAUUAGAUGUGCAUUGCUUGUCAUGUUGUGGGAUUUCAAAGACGUGCAAAGGCAAUCCAUCUCAGCUACUUUUGCCUUCUCACAUUGUUAUCUUGUCAGCAAGGUUCUCAUAGAGUGCAUUCUAUUGAUGACCUGCGCAUUCCCUAGUCCUUGCAAUUUCAGCAUCAUCACUCUUAUGAACUGGCUCAGUUCCAAACACUGAAGAGCUUGAAGGAUCUCUCCUUGUCUGAGAGAAUUACUGCAGUAGCACAUAAUUUUUUGCUCAUCACUAUGGCACAGUGUUGCUUUUGCCUUGCUUUGGCAGUCGAACCCCUGGCCUCCUUCUCUAGCAGUCCCUUCCCUAACCCCCUAGCCACCUCGCCGAACACCUCAUGGUUUCGUUUCGGCUACAUCAGAGUUAAAGCUUUUGGAAACUGUCAUCUUGCAAGUAUAGAAUCCCGAAUGUCAAACGAACUGAGAAAGUACAUCAAUACACAUGUGCCGGAAGGGCUGAUCUUUUGAGGGAGGGAACCUGGUGUAUUGUCAAGAGAGAAGAGAAAGAAGAGGAGCCAUCACAGAUCAGAAACACCUUUAUGUCCGCCACUGCCUAAUGCCACCUACCUGCUUAAUGUAAAUGAAAAGCUGGGUUGGCAUUUUUCAGGAUCGGGUCAUUUCAGCUAGUUGUUUCUUUUGCUAAUUUGAUAAGAAUGUCAUGCGAUUUUGUGGAGCAUGUCAGGACAUGAAUUGCAGGGUAUCUGAGCAUAUGAGAAUCUUGAAAAACCCAUGACUUUUCUACAA